ACGGAUGGAUAUCCUCCGCCCAAAACGCACACUCGUUUAGGGGCCAGUAUAAAUGGGACAGGAUUAGAAUUGGCCCCUUCACUACGGCUCGAGAGAUUCGCUCAUUGAGAAGUAGUCUUUGUGUGUGAGAGUGCCUCCCCAAUUCCAAAUCCAACACUAUGGCUGAUGCUGAGAAGAUCAAGAAGAUUUGCGACAUCUACGAUUGGGAUGGCAAAGGCGAGUUGGACAUGUUCUUCUUGGGUGAUGUCAUUUACGCUCUAGGUUAUAAUAUCACAAAGAAGAUCUGUGUGGGUUUGGGCCAGACUGACGAGCGCGACAAAAAGUUCGCCAAGUUUGAUGACGUGGUCAAAUUGGUUGGUGAGGCCCUGAACACCAAGGAAAACCAAGGAGGUCCCGCUGACUACAUGGAGCUCUGCAAGUUGUACGACAAGAACGAAAACGGCACCAUGAUGUUGGCAGAGUUGGAGAAUCUCUUGUCCAACUUGGCUGAUGAAGUUCCCAAAGAGGAUGUGGCAGCCAUUUUGAAAGAGUUGGCUGAUCCCGAAGAUGAGGAUGGCUUCUUCCCUUACAAGCCCUUUGUCGACAGAUUGUGCGCCGCAUAAAGAGUAUUGGACACCAAAACCCAAUAACUAUUUAUGUCAUCUCAUCAUGGGGGCACGGCUCUCAACCAUCCAUCCUUUUAAGAUUUGGCUCACUCAACGUACAUGCUUCCCACAGAAUGGGGCAAAACAUCCAACGCAGCCUCGUCCUUGAUGGCCAAUUGAAAUAAUAUAGCAAAGACCAUUCACAUCUUCUUCAAGCUCCUGUCAUCUCAGUUGAUGUCGACGAUCGUGAUGUCCUCACUAUGAUUAUUUUGAUCUUUAAACACCAAAGCUGAUAUCUCACACACAUAAAUCACAAGCACCACUUAGAAAAUGGCAAAACAUCCGCCUUUUUGGCCAACAUACCACCCAUUUCAAUUCAAUAAGGAUAUCACAGGCCUCGUAAUCAAAUGAUAUUCCUGGCUCAAGAUUUUGAUGUUUGAACGGCACAAAAAUGAGCACCUUGCUCGUCCGUUUGUGUUAGGCCAAAUAUCUCUAAGAUGAACAGGAAACCUUAUUGAAUGUUCUCAUGUUUAAUGCGCAUAUCUUGUCCUGUUUGAAAACAUCUUAGAAAACAUAAUUUUUGAUACUGCUAGCUCACUUCCCGGGGAAAUUGAAGUGUGCUGUUGCAUUUGUGGCAUAGACAAGAAUAAAAUAAAUACUCAAUAAAUGAAAACAGUACCAGA